GAAUAAGACAUGGCAUCGCAAGAGUCAUACGACGCCAUUGCUGGGUUGACCAAGCUUCUCAGCGAGAAAGUUGAAUUGGGAGGCAUCGCCGCCGCAAAGAUCAGGCAGUUGACGACGGAGCUAGAGGCCAUCGGUGAGAACCCGUUCAAUCCGGACCUGAGGAUCAAAACCGGCUUCCAUUAUUUCAGGACAGAAAAAUUCGAGAAGAAUCGAGGCAUGUUUGAGCAACUUGCAAAAGGGCAGAGUCCAAAGUUUAUGGUAUUUGCAUGCUCGGACUCUAGAGUAUGUCCGUCGCAUGUUCUGGAUUUCCAACCCGGCGAAGCCUUCAUCGUCAGAAAUAUCGCCAACAUGGUCCCACCUUAUGACAAGACCAAGUAUGCAGGAGCAGGAGCAGCCAUUGAAUACGCAGUCUUACAUUUGAAGGUGGAGAAUAUUGUGGUGAUGGGACAUAGCUGCUGUGGGGGGAUAAAAGGGCUCAUGUCUAUCCCUGAUGACGGGACCACUUCCUCUGAUUUCAUAGAGCAAUGGGUCCAAAUUUGUAACCCUGCAAGGUCCAGAAUUAGAGCUGACAGUAACAAGAAAUUAAGUUUUGACGACCAGUGCACCAACUGUGAGAAGGAAGCAGUGAAUGUAUCGCUGGGGAACUUGUUGACGUAUCCAUUUGUGAGAGAAGGGCUUUUGAAGAAGACACUGACAUUGAAGGGUGCCCAUUACGACUUCAUUAAAGGAACCUUCGACUUGUGGGAUCUCGACUUCAAGAUUUCUUCUUCUCUUUCUGUCUGAGUUGCGGCAUCCCAAAUUAGCUUCAUUUCAUUUUUCACUUUCUGUUUUCAACAUGGCUGUCUCAUGUCUCUCAUAUCAUAGGAUUAGGAUUGACCAAACGAUGCCGUUUUGCAGCCAACAAAACGACGUCCUUUUGUUUCCUCCAACGAGCCGUCCAAGUCCCUAUUCCAGAUCUUG